GUUACGUGUAGUGCAGAGGGGUAUCGAUAGGCGCUCGGGGCGAUCCCUUCCGCCGCCAGGCUACGCCGAACGGACCUCACAUCUCCAAUAUGUGGACGACGCAAGAGGCGCCGUUCUUCAAAACUCACUCAUAGCUCGCAAUGGAAGCAGAGAGAUCUUUCAUCGCGAAGCCUCAGUAUCAUGUGCGGGCUGGCCCAUGCACUUCGUGUAGGCCAUCGUUUGUGGUUUCGAUGAGAUGAGCAUGAGCAGCGGUCGCCGUGACAGUUUGGGUGACCGCCUGCCCCGCCCGGUGCGCCGCGUGGCGCUUGACGAGCAGGAGGCCAUCGACAGAGUGCUCAUCUACGGGGCGGCCAUCGGCAUACACGCCGCACUCAUCGCAUGGGGACUGCACCAAGACAAGACUCGUGAGUGGAGUGUGCGCGUGAUAAACCACACACACUCACACAGACAGACGCAGACAGACAGAAGGAAGAAAGAUGCACCCGAUGAGUUAACUGAUGGGCAUGUCAUGUGAUGUGUCGUGUGUGUGGUUGCCAUUCCAUGCAGUGUCGGUGCCGUACACCGACAUCGACUACCACGUCUUCAGCGACGCCGCGCGGCACCUUUAUGAGGGCGCUUCGCCGUACGAGCGGGAAACAUACAGAUACACACCCUUGCUGUAAGCAAGAGAAACCACACAGCCAAGCCGGACACGCAGAUAGAUGAGUCUGUGCAUUGAAUGCCUUGGCCUCUCUGGUGUGGUGUGCCUGUGUUCGGUGUGUCCAUGAUAUGACUGCAGUGCGUGGCUGCUGGUGCCUGUGGUGUGGCACCCUCUCUUCGGCAAGGCCCUCUUCUGCCUUGCCAACCUUGUGUGCGCCGCACUCAUCGAGGUCAGUCAGCACACACAAGGCAGGCCAAGGCAGUGCAGACCACCUGCAGGCACUUGUGCAGCCAACCAGCCAGCGAUCGAUCCAUUCAUCAAUGUGUGUUGUGUUGUCCAUCCAUCCAUCCAUCCCAUCCAUCAGCAUGUGCUGCGUGCUCGCGGCGUCCGCGCUCGCCCCUCCCUGCUGCUGUCGUGUCUGUGGCUGAUGAACCCCAUACCGCUCAACGUGGCCACCCGAGGCAGCUGCGACACUCUCACGUGUGCCAUGAUACUGGUGCUGGUGCGAGAACUGGUCGACAUGAACCCCGCUGGCAAGAGGAGGGUUGGGUGCUCGUGGGCAGCUGUGAGGGCUGCUGUCGUGUAAGUAAGAGUCAGUGGGAAGCACACACACACACACACACAGAGAGAGAGAGAGAGAGAGGGAGAGAGAGGGGGGUGGAUGGGUGUCUUUGGUGUGUGUGUCAAUCAGCUACGGUUUUUUGGUUCAUUGGCGGGUCUUCCCCGUGAUAUACGGACUGCCCAUCCUGCUGCUGCUCAACCCUGACUACCUCUCCUGCAAAUUUGUAUGCACGCCCUGCGUUGGAGAGUGAAUGAUACACGUGUUUCCCUUGUCUGCCAUGCCAUUGCCAUGUCAGACGCGCCCUCUAGCUGUCGAUACGCCCAAGCCGUCCGUCUCAGAUAUAGCCAAAGGCAACACAAAGGAUGAUCACGACAGCGGAGAGGAUGGCGAUGGCAAUGGCGAUGGCGAUGACGACAUAGCAGAGGACAUGUUUUCAGCCCGGAGAGGGUCCCUGCCGCCCGUCUUGUCGGUGGCGUCGCUCUUGCGGCUGAAUGGCGAUCAGAUGGUGUUCGUCGCCAUCAGCGGGGGGCUAUUCCUUGCCUUGAUGGCUGUCUUCUACUACUGGUAAACAUGAGUACACACAAGGCAAGGCGCCGGAGGGGCCCGGCCCGGCCAGCUGUGUGUGUGCAGGUAUGGGUGGGUGUUUGUGUACGAGACGUACCUCUAUCAUCUGGUGCGCUCCGACCUGGCACACAACUUCUCGCCAUACUUCUACAUCGCCAGAAUGAUGCAGCCAUACCCUACGCUCGCUAAGGUAGGCAAGACAAACACACACACACACACACGAGGCAAACCUGGAUGAAGGCAUGGGCGUGUGUCUUGCCUUUGUGUGUGUGUGUGUGUGUGCGUGUGAGAGCAUGCAGGUGGUGAGCAUCGGUGUGUUUGUGCCUCAGUGGGCUGGUGCGUUGGUGCUGGGGGCCUACUACGCGCGCAAGAGGGUUGAGCUGGGGCUCUUCAUGCAGGUAGGUCAUCCAGUGAGUACCAGGCAGACACAGACAGACACACGGAUGCGUGUGUGCAGGGUGAAUGGAUGGAUGGAUGGAUUUGGCUCUGUGUGUGCACAUUAUGUGUGUGUGUGUGCUGCCAUAGCUAGACGCUGUGGUUUGUGGCGCUCAAUAAAGUCUGCACGGCACAGGUGUGGAUGGAUGGAUGGAUGGAUGGCGGCCCACACCACACGCCAUGCAGUCUGAUGUCUGUCUGUCUGUGCUGUCUGGUGGUCACUCAGUAUUUCCUGUGGUGGGGCUGCCUGAUGCCGCUCGCCAUCGCCUGUGUACCCGCCACACGAGUAAGCACAGAGGCAAGCACACAGAAGCCGAUUGCAGCAAGCCAUCCGUCCCCCUAUGCUGUGUGUGUCUGUCAGCGUCGUGUGAUCGAGCUGAUUCUCCUGUGCGGCUUCUGGCUCGCCACCGAGGUGCCUACACACACAAACACACACAGAGAGAGAGAGAGAGAUGAGUGCUGUCUGUGUGUUCAUUCCCUCAGUUCCAUUGGCUGGGCUGGGCAUACAAGCUGGAGUUCCUUCGACAAGACGUGGCACUGCAGGUGUGUGUGUACUGCAUGCAGUGUAGGCCAGCCACACACACAUCACAUAACGAUGCGUGUCUGUCUGUCUGUCCGUUUUGUGUGCGUAUGUCUUCAGGUGUUUCUGGCGUCGCUGUUGUUCCUGUGUGCCAAUUUGUGUGUGGUGUGGUUCUUCUGGCGCCACGCCCGUGCAGCCAACAUCCACGUCAAUUUCGUCGUCAGCGCCAGACCUUCUCUCGUGGCGAGAAAGUCAUCAUAGCUAUGAGGUGACAGCCAAGCAGCCAGACAGGCAAGAUGUCUGAGUGAGUGCUGCUGUCGUUUCUCUCGGUCGCUCUGUGUGCCGACGUCUCGGUCUGUGCUGGCGCGGUGUGGCGUGGUGUUGAGCAUUCAUUACUGAUGGAUGACACUUGGUUGACGGAGAACGUUAUGUAGAAUAAAUGGGACCAUCGACAGAGGACGCCGAUCGAACGAUCGAGGGGGG